CUGGGCCAUCGAAAGAGGCGGGAAACUUACGGGUGCAUGACAAUACGGCCAGGAUGCCAUACCUCCGGGCCAUACGGAAUACCGAUCUUCAACUUUUUUUUUCCCUCGCAUAUUUCCCGUUUGGAAUUUUUUCCUUCUUUUCCCCCUCCUUCUUUUGCUUAUCACGCCGAUUUCAACUAUUUUUACCUUUUUCGAUCUUCCUCACCCCUCACCUCCCCCCGUUUGACUCUUCCCUCCGCGUCUCCCCCCCUUUUCUCUCUUAUUUCCCUCUCUUCUCUCCCUCCUCUUUUCACCAUGUCUCAACCAACUUCCACUCCCCCCGUGCAACCUCCCCAUGCCACCGCCGCCGCCCAAGUCGCCGGACAGUCCUCCUCUUCCGCCCGCACCGCCGAACUCGCCAGUCUUAAAGUAAAGCUGCGCGAGGCCCUGCGUCAGUUCCCCGACUUCCCGUCGCCCGGCAUCUUGUUCGAGGAUAUCCUCCCCAUCUUCGCCGAUCACUCUCUGCAUGAGGCCCUGCUCCGCUGCCUGGAGCUGCACAUCCUCGAGAGCAACGGCAACCAGAAGCCCGAUGUGAUCGUCGGUCUGGAGGCCCGUGGCUUCCUGAUGGGACCCAGCUUGGCCCUGCGCCUGGGCGCCGGCUUUGUCCCCGUCCGCAAGCAGGGCAAGCUUCCCGGUCCUUGCGACACCCAGGGCUACGAGAAGGAGUAUGGAACCGACUUCUUCCAGAUGCAGUCCGAUGCGAUUAAGCCGGGCCAGAAGGUCAUCGUCAUUGACGACAUCAUUGCUACCGGUGGUUCGGCGUAUGCUGCUGGUGAACUCAUCAAGCGCAUGGGCGGUGACCUGAUGGGCUUCGUCUUCCUCCUCGAGCUCGAGUUCCUUCACGGACGGGACAAGCUGCCUGCCCCCGUUUACACUCUCCUCACUGGCCAGGAGGAGAAGGCUUAAUGACCCUAUGACAUGCACCCAAAAAAAUUUCAUACCUGUUCGAUGGUUUGAUUUCGCGUACGCACAAAAACAGAAAAAAAGACGCACACUUUCUCAUUACAACUCGCCUGGGGAGUUGCCGGUGGUGCCACAGUGUCUGAUCUAGUGCUGUGGCGGCCACCCGACCGGCUUGGGUCUGAUGCGGAGUGGUUGGUCGCUCCGCAUCGACCACAUGGACGGAUGGUUGGCAUGGGGGUGAAAAAAGACCAUUGAGCGUCAAAAUGGAGCUGGCGGUCCCCCCCAGGCAAUUGGCCUAGUCACUGAGUGGAUGGCAAGUGUGCAGAUGAUUUAAAAUUUUGCAUAGACUAUGAAAUACCAAUGAGAUACCUUUAAUACCCGCUAUGCU